GAUUUAUUUCCGCAAGCCGCUACUAGAUGGCUCUAGUUUUCCUGCUAAUGAUGCCAUUAUCAUCAUCGCCGUAUUCGGCACUCGGCCUCAAACCGCAACUUUAUUCCGGACUUUGACGAAGCGGCGCUCAAGGGCUUGAGGGCUCAAGGAUUGUGGCUCAAGUGCCAAUGACCGUUCUCCUGGCACGACAUUCUCUAAACUGCGAUUGAAUCUGACAGCGUCAGCUGCUCAGUUGUUUUCAAAGCUGACGGAUGGUACGAUAUUUGGCUGUGGCGCCACAGUGGAUGUGGGCAGUAGAAAUACGACGCACAUCAAGAUCCCGAGGGAGUGCUGCUCAUGAUUACCAGUAGACGAGAAAUAUCACCCACGGCUUUUUUUUUUUUUUACCGUACUCGAUAUUUUCAGGUUGUGCCACGCUGGUGUAAAGCCACGGGACAUCUCGCAUGCAUGGCACAAUUGGCGCUUCAUCUUUUGAAAGCUAUGAACCAACUAGCCACAUAACGUGUUCUACUGCAGCGGAAUGUAUCUUUAACCUAAACGAUUACUGUUGCUCUUUGCCGUUUCUAUAUGGUUUAACGCUGCGGCAGUAUUAUAUUUGUUUUCUCUCGGCCACAAAUCUUUUCCUUUUUAGCGACAUUCAUAAAGAACGCGGAAUUUUCGUCGCGGCUCGACAAAGAGUGCUUACAACAUUUUCAGUGCAUUAGAGACACUAAGACUUUAACGCUUGCUCUCAGCGUCUGAAGUCACAUGCGCUCAGAGUACGAAGUUGUAAACGAUAAACAGCAUCUAUAACGCGAAAAGGAAACAAUUGGCAACGCAACUCUGCUCUCGAUCUACCCUUGAAAUGUUUUUUUUUUUUCGCAACAUUGUUCUUUUUUCGUUUGUUGAAGCAAUGCGCAUGAGCACGCCGGGCUGAGUAUAUCUAUAUUUGAUAAAAACAAAUAGGCAGCAUAUCUCAGUUUAUUUCCCUCGGCGACUGCCGCGAACGUCACAUGGCAUAUUAAAGUUCCGUGACGCACCACGUGAGCGACGGACAUACUAGCCCGAUGCAUAACAUGCACUGCUAUGGCGUCGAUACACUGGAAGUUUUAUUUCUGAGUCGGAAGCUGCACUCCAUGGCACUCCACCGGGAACGGGGGCAGGGAUGCUGGACUAGUAUUCCUUGAUGGGCCGACUCCAGGAAAACUGUAAGUGCCGAGCAAGUGGUGUGGAAGCGUAAGCAGCAUCAUCAGGUGGUUACGUCGGGGGCGUGGUCCGGAAUGACGAUCGAAGUAAGUGGUGCGAAAAAGCUUAUGCGCCCUCUAAAAUGUCCGUCUUGAUAGAAAUUCUUAUUGAGAAUCCUGGGUGCGCAAGUUGGCUUAGUAUUUUUGCUGUUUGUUAGUUGACGAACUACGCAAGGGCACUCGCUGAACCUCGAAGCUGGCCAAGAAACCAGCACCUCUGUUAUGGCUGAAGGAUUCCCUGGUAUUGAACAUGACACGACCGAUGUUGCUGUACACGAAGAUGAAGAGCCCACUGGCGAAGACGGCGACGAGCGUCUGACCCUGUCGGACGACAUCGCGAAGAGUAUAUUAGAGUCUGAAGAGUGGCCCUCCUACGUAGAAAGACUGCGACAGGCCGGCGACGACGAUGAAAACACCGAAGGGCUGCUGCUGGCAGAAAGGUUCGGCCGACAGUACCCGCUCUGGAACGCCAAUCAGCGUAUUCUGGACGACGUCGAUCCACCACUUCCAACGGGCUGCCUCGACGUUGAGGCAAGCCUGCCUUCUCCGUGCCUGACAGAGGACGAUCCGCUGCCGGCGCCAUCGAACAACAGCUUCCGGGCUGACGACGCGAGCUCCCCUAACUCUUUACUGCUACAACACGGCUCGCGUAAGAGCGUUUCAGACUGUCGUGAAGCGACGUCGUUCACGCCUGACCACUACAGUAGGUCAUCCUCCAGGUCUGCGUUCCUGACGUCUCCGUUCAAGCUCCCCCAAAAACUCGAUAUCAUCGAAGAAAACAAGGCCAGUCGAGAACGAAAGCAAUCGUCGUCAUCCAAGCCACUCGGAACCCCUGGAUCCUCCGCAUUGCGGUUUCUGUUAGGACGAUCGGGAAGCCGGAAUGCUGAAUCAAGUUCAUGCGCCAAGGGCCCGAUAACGUCGAAGAACUCAAAAGAGUGGUCGCCUGAGAUUGAGCAGUUGCGCGCUGCUCUGAUUAGUUCGGGAUCUUCUGGCGAGGGCGACUUGUUCAAGUCUUCCUUUCGCAUAAGCAAGAGUGGCAGCUCCAUCUUGGCUUUGGAGCGAAUAUUUCUGGAAGUCGUUGAAGCAUCAAGCCAACACCAACUGUGCUUGGCGCAGAUUCAAGGAGACAUUCGGUGCGGGCUGCCAUCGGCCACAGUCGGAGAUGAUUCCAGCGCGUUCCGCCGCGCAGUAGUAGCCUCAAGUGCCAAGAGCAAGGGACUUCCCCUGCAGCGCCUCGGAAGAGGAGCAUUCGGCAGGGUUUUCGGAGUUCAGAUCAAAGGGCGCCUAGUGGCCGUCAAGGACGUGCGCAACGUUGACGAGCCCAGCGAGCGGAACGCGUCGCAGCUCGUGCACCGGCACGUGGUCCGCACCCUGUGCGUGGCGCCGCUGGAGCCGCGCCGCUUCCUGGUGGUGAUGGAAUACGGGGGCCCGCACACUCUCCAGCAUCUGUUGGACGAGCGGGGCCCGUUGCUCACCUUCGACGUCUGCCGAUUUGGCCGCCAGCUCGCUUCUGCGCUUCACUACUGCCACCGGAACAACGUGUUGCACCUGGACGUCAAGCCAAGCAACGUGCUGGUUCACAAUGGAGACUGCAAGCUGGCCGACUUCGGGAGCAGCGCGACCCGCGGUUCCCAGCCCAAGGUUUGCGGAACAGUGCAGUACAUGGCUCCAGAAGUCCUCUUGGGCCAGCGGCCGGAGUUCAGCGCCGAUGUCUACUCGCUAGGCGUUGUCCUCUGGCAGAUGCAGUCCGGCGUGAGGCCCUUCGAUGGCCUUCAUCAGCACGCUGUUAUGUUUCAGGUGGUGCGCCUGCGAGUAAGACCGAGUUUCGCGGAAAAUGACGGGGCGGCCGAGCUUCGGGAUUUGGUGGAACGCUGCUGGAGCCACGAGUGCGAAGAGCGUCCCAGCGUGGGCGCUGUGCUUUUGGAGCUCGGCGCGCUUCACAAGGCGACACUCAAGAGUCGCUCUCGGCUCCAGUGACCAGUGCUGAACCUUUCCCAACCACUGCUUCGCCGAUCCAGUUCUCUCAAAACAACGCGGCAGUAUUGAGGCACACCGCUGAUACGAAAUGCGUCGACGAGGUCGAAAUGCUGCUCGGUGAAAGUGCCUAUGUCGUCGCAUUUGAAUGCCUGUCGAGCACAUAUGUGCUUAACGAACUGCACUUCCGGCCACUCGUCGCCCGAUAUUCGCCUCGUCUGGUGGCGUGUAAAAAUCCAAUGGCAACCUGCAGCUUUUACAAGCAGUUUGUGUAGCCGUCCCAAUAGCACGUGCGUUGCUUAUCGCUGAAAAAGGAACUGGAUAUCCAGCAUGCGUGAUCUGCUGAAGACAUUUCUGCCUCACUGGGAGUGACGUCGUGCCAGGCUAACAGGGCAUUAACUGAUGUGCCCCUGGAGUGUCAAUUUUUUAGAGGCUUAAGCUGGCGUUUUCUAACCCUGAAGAAACAUGGGAUUACGCAAGGAGUGCACUUUGUUUCCUCAGUGAAAAAAUUCUGCCAAUCCAUACUGCCGACCAUGCAGUGGCGUUAACUUAUAACCACCCUAAAUGGGUCACAGCUGCGAGUAGCCAGCCUACAUUACGAAACAGUGCCAGUAACCUCGAUGCGCGGUGGACAAACGCCAAUGUGUAUCCGCCGUGCAGUAUUUAAUUGUUGAACGCGAUAAAUGGACGCCGAAUAUCAUACUCAUAUUUUAUAUUGACUUUCUUUCGCUUCAUCAGAACGUUCAUCACGCUUUUAAUUUAAGACACCUUUCUUGGACACUGCAUAUCGUGUUCCAUGUUGGUAUUAAUCUACGGAUUAUCGCGCCCAUCACGUGAUGCACCUACCCUCUCCGCCAGCACACUCACGCCUGAACUCUUUCGCUGCAAAUCGUGAAGCUGUGGUGAAGUUUGUUGCAACGGUGUGCACCUCAUCUGUCUACUCAUCCGCUGGUGUGUCGCUCUCAUUUGGUAAUGGCAUGGGCAUGAACCCUUUCUAAGUUGCGAUUUUGUCAUGCGGUGCAUGAGCGCGUUGAUUUAUACUGUUGCCCGUGUUACCAACAGCGAGAAACUACUGCACGUGUUUUUAGUCUUGACGCAUGUCGUGAAUAAACUCUGUACCCGUAUCCUA